AUGGUUUUCAGGUCUCCGUUAGAGCUUUACCCCUCUCACCUGUUCCUCCCGAACUUCGUGGAUCGCCCUCUGCUCCUAGCGGCCAGCCUUCCUCGCCCAAGGUCCCCGGACGAUCCGGCCAUGUUCCAGCUGCCCACACUGAGCUUCACGGCCGAGCAGGUGGCCAGCGUGUGUGAAACCCUGGAAGAGACAGGAGACAUCGAGCGCCUGGGCCGUUUCCUUUGGUCCCUGCCUGUGGCGCCGGGUGCGUGCGACGCCAUCAAUAAGCACGAAGCUAUCCAGCGAGCACGCGCCGUGGUCGCCUACCACACCGGCAGCUUCCGCGAGCUCUACCACAUCCUGGAGAAUCACAAGUUCACCAAGGAAUCGCACGGCAAGCUGCAGGCCAUGUGGCUCGAAGCCCAUUACCAGGAGGCCGAGAAGUUGCGCGGGCGCCCGCUCGGACCCGUCGAUAAGUACCGCGUCCGCAAGAAGUUUCCACUGCCGCGUACCAUUUGGGAUGGCGAGCAGAAGACGCACUGUUUUAAGGAGCGGACACGCGGCCUUCUGCGGGAGUGGUACCUACAGGACCCGUACCCGAACCCGAGCAAGAAGCGCGAGCUGGCGCAAGCCACCGGACUCACCCCCACUCAGGUGGGCAACUGGUUUAAAAACCGACGACAACGAGACAGAGCCGCCGCCGCCAAGAACAGGCUGCAGCAGCAUGCCCUGGCUCAGAGCGCGCUCCGCUCGGUCUCGGGUCCCGGGAGCGCGCAGCGCGCCGCCGCUUCUCCCAGCAGUGCGAGUGUGUGCAGUGGUGAGCGGCCCGACCCCGGCACUGUGCUCUCCGUUACCGACAGCGACUCGGACUUUGAUGUAUGA